GCGAGACAAGUGGAAGUGUGACCUGUUUUUGCUUUAGUGCUUCCCUCGCUACAACCUGCAAGAAGCCUGCAAGAAGCUACGCGCGCCUCUAUUGCAGCGUCUUUCUCGGCAGCAUUUCACAACCGUCACGAAGUUCAAACUCGGCGUGUUCGCACCGAAGAUCCGAGCGAGUCGCGAGUCCGUCGACAUGAUCGUCUGCGAAAGAACGCCGACCGCGUCUGCGCUAUACGCUUUCACGUUCUUUCUCCUCGCGCUUUUGUGGUCGACGAUGCGCUGCGGAGCCGUGGUCCUGGGUCCAGACUACGUGCUCUUCGCCCGUCGCAUGGAAGAACCCGUGGUGACCGACGCCAUCUCCGUCCUCACCCCGUUCCAAGGAAGCAACGUCACCGGCGUGCUCAACUUUCAGCAGAAGGACCCCGACGAUUUCGUGACCAUAACAGGCGACGUCACUGGACUAUCCCCGGGCCUUCACGGUUUCCACAUUCAUCUGCGAGGCGACCUGACUCAAGGUUGCUCGAGCACAGGCCCCCAUUUUGACGUGGGACGGGGCAGCUGGCACGGAGCUCGUGUCGACGUCGUCCGACACGUUGGAGACCUCGGAAAUGUCGAGGCCGAUUUCCGAGGCGAAGUUUUUUUCACCAUCAAGGACCGACUCCUGUCGCUCAACGGACCAAACUCCAUCGUAGGCCGGUCCGCCAUCAUUCACGCGUUGGAAGACGACCUUGGACGAGGCGACUCGCCAGAUAGCCGCCUCACCGGGCGCUCUGGAAGCAUCGUCUCCUGCGGAGUCAUCGGGGUCACCCACCCGAAAAGCCAAUAAGGCCACGCCACACGUUCGUUCCCCAUAUACAGCAGAGAACGGCUAGUCCAUUGCUUCUUUAGCAUAUAUGCUUGAACUAGUCGCGUAAACUUGAGUCGCAUCGACUCUCGCGCUCCGUUUGAGCUGCGAGUCGACUGUAAUUCAAUAUAUAACAAGAGCGAGCAGAUUUUUAUAUCGUAGUUAUGUAAAUAAAGUAUACCGCAUGUUUAUGCUU